CAAUGGUUUUAAAACAUCACCCAGACAAACGGAAAGCAGCUGGAGAACCAAUAAAAGAAGGAGAUAAUGAUUACUUCACUUGUAUAACUAAAGCUUAUGAAAUGUUAUCUGAUCCAGUGAAAAGACGAGCAUUUAACAGUGUAGAUCCUACAUUUGAUAACUCAGUUCCUUCUAAAAGUGAAGCAAAGGACAAUUUCUUUGAAGUGUUUUCCCCAGUGUUUGAAAGGAAUUCCAGGUGGUCAAAUCAAAAAAAUGUCCCUAAACUUGGUGAUAUGAAUUCAUCCUUUGAAGAUGUAGAUGCAUUUUAUUCUUUCUGGUAUAAUUUUGAUUCUUGGAGAGAAUUUUCUUAUUUAGAUGAAGAAGAAAAAGAAAAGGCUGAAUGGAACAAAAUUUUAACUCCAGAUUCCUAA